AGGUUUUUUCCCCCCUUCCUUUCAACAAACACUCACAGUCCACCCCAUUGAACCUUUGAACCUUUUCCCAUUCAUUCUGGCAGCGAUGGACGUUGCCAGUGACCGAAUGUCACUGCUCGACGCCAUUUUCGAUGAUAAUCCGGCGACGCUUUCCGCGCUGCUUCAGCAAGGCGAAAGUGCGACUUUGACAGCUUCUGAGCGAGAAUCAGAGGCUGAGAAUUACGGCGCGUCGCUGCUCAUCAAGAGCAUCCAGUACGGCCGAGCGCACGCGGCCCAGCUGCUGCUGUCAAGACUGCCGUUACUGGCCCGCGAGCCCGACUUGCGUGGCUGGCAGCCGCUGCAUUGGUGCGCGGCAGUGGGCGACGAGGCGACCGCGCGGCUGCUGCUCAAGCGACACCGCGUGCCGCUGGACUCCCGCGACGAGGUUGGCCGCACGCCGCUCCAUCUUGCAGCCAAGGAAGGUCGGGCGACGCUGGCUUUGCUGCUGCUGACUGCGGCGCGCGAGGCACAGCAGCCGCCGGAAGACCUGAUACUGGCCACUGAUGACAGGUCGCUGUCCCCGAUUGAGACGGCGCGAGCGCACGGCCACGUCGUACUGGCGGACGCGCUGCAGGACAUUGUCGGGCGGCCUCUCAUGAACGAGAUUCAAGAUAUGGCAGACGCAGCGCCGAGUCAGGAGGUGCAGAGCUGUUGCGCCAGCUCGGCGCCAACUCCGACGCCCAUGCCCGUUGCGCCCAUAGUGCCCAUAGUGCCCAUAGUGACCCAAGACGAAGUCGGAGAAUGCGCAGCCAAUGCCACGUCUAUUGAAUCCACCAAUUCAACGGUAGAAGCGAAAGGUGGCUGUUGCGGCUCCAAUAAGACCAGGAUCCACAUCGCUUCACACAAAAUCAUGCUGCACCGACACCUGUGGAUGCUCACGGUUUUGUGAGCAACCGGCUGACGAGUUUACUCGCUUGCUCGGCCUUUGUUCGCUGUUUGACAAGAGCUGCACAUGCGAGCAAGCCGGUUUUGUUUGUUGAACGAUUGCAACUUGAUUCGCGCCGGCCAAGACCAACUUUCACUCGGACACGAUGGAGACAGGAGAGCUACCAUUCUUUGAAUUCCCAUGUGUGAUUGGACGGGCACGGCGAACAAGCGUUGACGAGCAUCAAAUGACCGCUGGGGGUUGAAUGUGACCUGCAAUGCAAAUCGGAGCAGCGUAAACUGGAUUCUGUUCCACUGUACUAUCACUUUUUCCACUUGUACAAAUAUCAUAUACUUUUCCUACUGCUUGCAUGCACUGCUUGUGAACUGAUGUUGAAGCAAAUUCUGUC